GAAACACCACAAGUAUGGAAUGGAAUUAACAAAUAUAGAGUUGAGCUAUUUGAAGAUAAAACUUUUAUAAGCGAACAUAUUAAAAAGGCGGUAUUGCGAUAUACCUAUUGGUCGAGAAGAAUUGAGGAAGUAUUAUAA